AUGGAAUAUUUCCUAUUGCUGAUUUUAUUACUUUUCACAUCAUCGAUUCCAAACAGUUACUGCGUUUUGGACGCUUCAUGGUGGUCAUCAGUUGCACAACUGAGUACGGCAAAUCUGCUGGCUGGAAGUGGUCCGCGGUCGAUGUGUUUGCAUUUGCACGGAUUAUCGCCUGGACAAGCACGGAUAUGUGAGCUUUUUCGUGACCAUAUGCCGGCCGUCGGUGCAGGAGCGAAAACUGCGAUAGCGGAAUGUCAGCAUCAGUUCAAAAACGAACGCUGGAAUUGCUCAACUCCGUAUGGUUCAGGCUACGUUGGACCAGUGCAUAAACUCGGGUCUCGAGAAGCUGCGUUCACAUACUCAAUACUAUCAGCAGGUGUUACACACGAAAUUGGUCGAAGAUGCCGGUUAGGCUUACUGCAGUCUUGUGGUUGCAGUCAAGCGGCGAAACCACGAAGUGUUAACGCGAAGUGGACAUGGGGCGGUUGUGGAGAUAAUGUUGAGUAUGGAUAUAGAUUCAGUCGGGAUUUUAUCGAUGUUCGAGAGAAGGAACAAGGCUUUCCGAAGCGAUCGCAUGAUCAUGGGCGAUCGCUGAUGAACCGAUGGAAUAACGAAGUAGGACGAAGGGUUCGUAUGUUUUCUCUGCUGUAUUUGAUUUCUGAGAAAACCUGUGGAUGGAAUUUUUUACGAUUAUGUACUGAACUGUUAAGGUUCAAUUUAAUGUUUGCAUAUUUGCAGUUAAUAAAGCGCCAUACACGUCCGAAAUGUAAAUGUCACGGGAUUAAUGCCAGAGGCAAUAUGCAAAUUAUGAAUCAACCAAACAAACGAGAUCGACAACGAAAUGGCAAACGAAAGAAUCGUGCUUUGCAAACUGAACUCGUCUUCUUGGAUAACAGUCCAGACUACUGUCGAGAGAAUCGUUCGCAAGGCACUCUAGGAACGACCGGACGAAUGUGCCGGCGUGGUUCAAUGGGUGCAGAUAGUUGUGAUAUUUUAUGUUGUGGUCGAGGAUAUAACACCUAUCGAAAGGAAACAGAAACUAAAUGUCGUUGCAAGUUUCAGUGGUGCUGUAAAGUUGUUUGUCAAACAUGUGUUAAUCAGACUCUUAUUGAUAUUUGUAAAUAA